AUGCACACAAUGCCUGCAAAAUCAAAGAGACCGGCUUUCAACGAGCUCGAUAACCUUAUGGAUGGUAUUGAAGCGUUUAUCGGGAACAGCGGCACCUUGAGCGAUCUCGAGGCUGAAACAAGCGAAGAUGCUUUUGGUAACACUGUUUUGUAUAGCGAAUCAAACAACAAGAAUCUAGUGUCAAAUACAGCAAUCGACGAGAACGAUAGCGAACCUAACGCGGACGGAGACCUCGUGAAUGAGAGUGUAUCAAUUGUAGAUUCAGGGGCCGUUAGCAAGGAUCAGAAAGAUAUCGAGCACUCCGAGAGUGAUGAAUUACAAGAUGACGAUAAGAGUCCUGUUUCUGAGGCUAAGGAGAGUGAGGCGACUGAAAUUAAUGAGAACUCGGUUUCUGAGGCCAAAAAGAGUCCGAUCUCUAAGGUCAAUAAGGCCGCUGUUGCUGAGGGCAGUGGGAGUUUGGUUGAUGAGGCCAAUGAGAAUCUUGCUACGGAGGCUAGAAAAGGCCCUGUUUCUGAAGCCAGUGAGAAACCUGCUAUGGAGGCUAGAAAGAGUCCUGUUUCUGAGGCCAAUGAGAAGCCGGUAGAUGAAGCUGGGGAGUUCAUAGAAUCUGAGGCCAAAAAGAGCCUGAUCUCCGAGGCCAAUGAGAAUGCGGCUUCUGGGACUGAAAGUAGUCCGGUCUCAGAGGCCAAUGAGGAUGCGGCCUUUGAAGGCGAAAAGAAUUCAAUUGCCGAAACUAACAAGAUCAGAAUUAUCGUCAAAGAGGGCCAAAACGAUACAGAACAUCCAGUUACCGUCCAUCGAGACGCUUCCACUGACGAAGUCCACCCAAAAAUCUUUGAUAAAAUUAUCGACAAUGCAUCAGCUGAGCCAUUGAUUACUGAAACUGCUUCAGUUACUAAUCAACCUGAUGGUUUUGAUAGCGAAACCGCAAUCGAACCAAAGGUUACGAGGAAUUCGGCUGAUAUCAAACACAAUACAGUAAAUGAUCAUGAUCUAGAGCCGUCACAUAACGUUUCCGCUUCGCCUACUGAUGAAAAUGAUCCGUUACAAAACUCUCCGAUCGAAUCUUCCAAGGCAGCAAAACCUGUUCAGGACAAAUCUAUAGUCAUCCCCAUUAAAGUGAGCUCUGAUGAGAAGAUCGAAACGCCGCCUAAAGACGUUACAUCGCAGCCCUUGUCAAGUGAGCCCCAAGAUGAAGAAACCUCCGCCCAGCAAUCUCCACCCAAGUCCGGUCUUGUCACUUUAAAGAAUCUGGCUGAAAAUUCCACUAUACCAGAAAAGGAGGCUAGCUUGAGAGCUGAAAAACAAGGUCUUUUUACUCUAGAAGAACUCUCCAAACCAAACCAAAAUGCAGAAGAGCCAGCUACAGAAAAAAAGUUCACUGUGCCUGAACAAAACGUGAGCGGUGACGCACAAUGUUCGCCCAAAACUUUACAAGAAUUGGCACAGACGACUCCCCAAGAAAUGAAUUCAUUAAUCGGAGACGACGAUGAGAAGAGUUUGGAAAAGGCUCCCGAAAAUCACGGUUCUCUUUUUACUUUAAAUGAUCUGCAUCCAAACACUCAGGAAAAAUCUCUAAUAGAUCCUGGUUUCAAGGAUACUCUUUCUUCAUAUGAGGACAAAGCGAUUGUGACACUAAAAGAUCUUACUGAAAAGAGGUCAGAUCUCACUGCAGGAUCGCCGAAGGAUGCCCCACUCGAUUUACUGCCAAAUGACACCGACCACUCCGAUGAUACACCUGCCGCUGCCAGUUCCACUGUAGCUGCAGUGGCGGCAGAAAUCGAGGAUCUGCUCCGGGAAAUGCAAGAAGAGGAACCGUCUAAACUUCCUCAGACUACGUCGUUCAUCCCAACAGCUCAAGAGUCAACGACAACAAAGGAGAUUCGCGAGCUACUCAAAGACGAGCCUGUCUACGUAUAUACGUCGUUGGCUGGCGGUGGUUACCUCAUGCCCUCUCGCACCAACCGCCUGGCUCAGAUCUUGACCGCUAACCAGGUUACGUUCACAUACCGUGAUUUGGGCACUGACGACGAAGCUCGUCAAGUGUGGAAGCGGCAUGGCCGUGGACGUAGCCUUCCCGCUGUGGUACGCGGAAGAGAUGAUAUUGUCGGGAACUGGGAAGAGAUGGAUGAUGCCAACGAAGAGUACCGUGUGCGUGAGCUCAUCUAUGAGACCCUAUGA